AUGAUUUUUACGCCUUAAUUUUUCUUCUGCAUCUGCAGUAUCGACUGAACCCCAACAAGAAACCAUAAUAAAUGAGAUUUUGAGGUUAAAGUCCAGGGAUGAUGAUGUGAGGGAAAUUAUCUUCAUUGUUGGGUGAUCAAAAUUCACAUUUUGAUGAAAGGUCAUUAGAUCUUGAGGCCAUUUCAGAUACGAGAAAUUCACCUCGUUAACUCCCACAAGAUAUGUUGACAAGAGAAUCAUCCUCAUGAUGUCCAACACUGGUCUUCUGGUCUUGACGAACCCAGCGAGAGUCAAGAAGCUCCUCCCAGUGAUAAAACGUCACGUCCUCCAGACCCUGUACAUCCAGUACUCUCCGAGGAGAAGAGCCAUCCCCCAGUACCAACUCAAAGCCUCUCUAAACUCCAAAACCAUCACGAGUAUCUACGCCCUGGCGACCUCCUGCCUCUCCCGAAUAGACGUGAGAGUCCUCAUCUCCAAGACUAGUCAAAACUCCUCGACAAUAACCACCGGAAGACCCAUUGAACUAGUGAUAUUUGAUGGGAGCUACCCUCAGGAGGAUGCGGACACCUUCAUCCAGAAGUUCCUGAAGAACAGGUCGAGGUCUUGCAGCUACAUCUCUCUGGAUGUUGAUGAUCGAUCUGAGGCUGAUGAAGGGGAGAAAUGUCUCCUUGAAGAUGAUGAAGACGUUGGGAGGACUUCCUGGGGGAAAGUUGUGCUGGGGGGCACCUUCGACAGGCUUCACAAUGGCCACAAGAUACUCCUGAGCGAAGCUGUUCUUCGCUGCGAGGAGAAGCUGACUGUUGGAGUCACUGAUGAGACCAUGAUCCAGGGGAAGGUCCUCUGGGAGCUGAUUGAACCUUGUGAAAAGAGGAUUGAGGCUGUUAAGGAGUUCCUUGAGGACAUCGAUGGGUCCCUCCGCUACGAUGUCGUCCCCAUUUCUGAUAUGUUUGGUCCCACCAAGAGCGAAGACGAUCUCGACCUGAUUGUCGUCAGUGAGGAGACGAAACGAGGAGGGGAGAAGGUAAAUGAAUUGAGAAAGGAAAAGGGUCUGAGAAUCCUAGACAUUCACGUAGUAAAACUAGCUGAGGACAUGGGGCACAGCGAGCACGAGGAGUCAAAGAUCAGUUCGAGUAACCAGAGGAUACGACUCCUGGGGACGAGGCUGAAGGAGCCUGACCUGGCGGGGAAGAGGUUGAGGCCCUACAUCAUUGGACUGACUGGGGGAAUCGCCAGUGGGAAGUCCUCGGUGGCUGAGAAACUCCAGUCGCUGGGGGCUGGAGUGGUCCACUGUGAUAAAUUGGCUCACGACCUCUACGAACCAGGAAGGACGGGUUUUCAGAGGGUGGUUGAGGUCUUUGGGGAGGACAUUUUGGAUGCGGAGGGGAGGAUCGAUAGAAAGAAACUGGGGAAGAUUGUAUUCAAUGAUAAGGAACAAUUAGAUAGAUUGAAUAAAGCAGUUUGGCCAGCGAUUCUGGAUGCCGCCCUGGCAGAAGUUGAGAGGCUCCACACCGAGGGCUACGAAAUCAUCGUGAUGGAAGCUGCAGUCCUCAUCCAAGCCAAGUGGCAAUCAGUCUGCCACGAGAUCUGGACCUGCAUAAUUCCCCACAAAGAGGCUGUGAAGAGGAUGAUGGAGAGGAAUGGUUUGACUGAACAAGAGGCCGAGGCCAGGAUCAAUGUCCAGCCCAGCAAUACCGAGCAGGUAGAAGCAGCCACUGUUGUCUUGUCCACUCUCUGGAGUCAUCAAGUCACUCUGGAGCAAGUCAAUCGUGCCUGGAAGGCAGUCAACGACUUCCUCAGCUCAAAAUCGUGAAUGUCGUACUGUCAUUCAAUUCCAAUUUGUGAAUAUUACCUUAAAUGUAUAUUGGGGGGUUUUAGAUGAAAAUCGUUGGGGAUUGUUAACCAAUUUAUUCUUCAUUUUAUUUUUUCAAAGGAAUGAUCGAAGAGAGGACAGAUGAAUGGAUGAAUUAAUUGUAGAAUAAAUAAUCAUGUGGAUGAGUCAUCAUCUUCA